UUAUGGACUGCAAUAAUGUAGAUGAAAUUCCCUUGAAAGUACGAACUAAGUGUUGUUAUAAAUAGAAAACCUUCUAACCCUAGUCUGGAAAGCGUUGCUAUUAUGCUAAAGUGAUUUAAAUUACAUAGGUGCAUCCGAAGUCCACUACUAAUAUCCUUAUAUUCGAUUUUCUUCCUUUUUUUAUACUUACAUAAGGAAGAAAUAAUGUUCUGGCUGUUUUCUAUAUUGAUCUUGUUGAUAUUGUGGUACUAUUAUGAAAGAAGUACAUUCAAUUUUUGGUCAGAAAAAGGAGUAAAGCAAAAAAUUCCAAGAUCAAUUCUUAGCGACAUUUUGGGGUCUGUGUUCCAAACAACCGCAGUUUGCGAUAUGAUCAAGGGGAUAUAUGAUAGUUUCGAUGAUGUCAGAUAUGUCGGAUUCUAUCAGUUCCUUCAACCUAUACUGAUGAUAAAAGAUCCAAAACUAAUAAAACAGAUUUGCGUGAAAGACUUCGAAUACUUCUUGGAUCGUAGACCAUUUGUUGCAGAGGAUGUGGAUCCAUUGUGGGGCAAGAAUCUGGUGGCCUUGAGUGGUCAAAAAUGGAAAGAUAUGCGUUCUACUCUAAGUCCUUCAUUUACCGGGAGCAAAAUGAGACAAAUUUUCGUUCUUAUGCACGUUUGCUCGAAAAAUUUUGUGAAAUAUCUCAAAGAAAAACCAGAAGAAUUGAUCGAGUUAGAAUUGAAAGAUGUCUUCACAAGAUACACUAAUGACAUAAUCGCUUCCACAGCUUUUGGUAUACAAUGUGAUUCACUGAAAGAAAGGGAAAAUGAAUUUUAUAUGAAUGGAAGGAGGGUCACCAACUUGUCAGGUGUUAUAAGGAACUUGAAAUUUCUAAUAGUAUUUAUUUUUCCUAAACUAUCCAAGCUUGUCAAAGCAACUUUUUUCGAUGAGGAAGUCGCCUCCUUUUUCCGUGGAGUGGUGAGGGAUACCCUGAAAUAUCGAACAGACAACAAAAUUGAUAGACCUGACCUGCUUCAACUACUCAUGCAAGCUAAAAAAGACAUUCAAAAAGAAGCUGAUGGGAAGAACAUGGAACGAACCGAUUCUUCCGCAGUCGAAGACUUUACAGUAUCCAAAAGAGGAAAACUUGAUCUUUCUCUUGAUGACAUAACUUCCCAAGCAUUAAUAUUUUUUUUCGCUGGCUUCGAAACAGUUGCUGCAGUUAUGUGUUUCGUUGCCUAUGAACUUGCCGUAAAUCCAAACAUACAAACAAGGUUGAUCGAAGAACUAGAUGAAUUUAGAGCAUCUAAUGAAAAGUUCAGCUAUGAUAGCUUGACAAAAUUACCUUAUUUGGAUAUGAUUUUAUCAGAAACAUUGAGGAAAUGGCCUGUUAUGAUUUCAACCGACAGAAAGUGCAAUAAACCAUAUAUGAUUAAAGCAGAACUUGACGAGGAAACAUCUCUGCAAUUAAAUGGUGGUGAAAUAAUUAGUAUUCCAAUAUAUGCCUUGCAUAGGGAUGAAAAAUACUGGGAAAACCCUGAUAAUUUCGACCCUGAACGUUUUUCCACGGAAAAUAAACACAAAAUCGAUCCAUAUACUUAUAUUCCUUUCGGUACGGGGCCUAGAAAUUGUAUAGGUUCUAGAUUUGCCAUCUCCGAAGUUAAAGUUAUCUUUUUUGAACUGUUGAAUCAAUUCGAAAUAGUUCCUACGAAGAAAAGCUGUAUUCCUCUCGUUUUAGACAGGAAAUCUUUCAGUUUGAAUUCUUCUACAGGUUUUUGGUUUGGACUUAAAAAAAGGAGAUGCUAACAAAAAAAAUGUAUUCCUUAUCCAGAAUUAUAUCAGUGAAUGAAAAAUAUAUAUCUUAAUAUAAAA